CAAGCGUGAAGGGAACGCUACAACGCAUUAGUGGGGGUACAUUUAUGGACAUGUAUGCAUGGUCGAUUUUGAUGUUUCACACUAUUUGUCAAUCUGUAAGCACAGUUCGUGGCCUCAAGCAGAGCUCAAAAUAUUGAAAAUCACAGCAAAGUCCACAAAAUGGCUAUGAAAACGUAUGGAGACAAGCCCAUUAGCUUCCAACUGGAGGAAGGUGGCGAAUUUUACUGUAUUGGCUCAGAGGUUGGCAACUACCUCCGGCUGUUCCGAGGAUCACUAUACAAGAAGUUCCCUGGUCUCUUCCGAAAGUUCAUCAAUGUCGAAGAACGCAAGAAGCUCAUGGAUAUGGGGCUCAGCCAGCACAUCCUGGCUUCGAACGUCUCGCUGCUGCGAGCGGCUGAGAUCGAGAACCUCAUAUCGGGCAAAGACGACCAGUACCGCUCCUCUGGCCUGCAGAGCGUACUGCCCAGCGAGGUUGUGGCCACGCCCAAGGAGAUCAAGCCGCCGAGGAAGAGCGCGGUGCACGUGCCGACUCUGCCCAACAGUUCACACAUGGACCCUGUGCCGCAGUCCACCCCCAUCAACCGCAACCGCGUGGUCACCAAGCGUGUGCGCACCUUCCCGCUGUGUUUCGACGACACGGAUCCGGAGACGUUCCACGACAACGCCAUGCAGGAGGAGCAGCUGGUGCCGAUCCGACUCGACAUGGAGGUGGACGGCCAGAAGCUGCGCGACAUGUUCACGUGGAACAAAAACGAGACGCUCAUCACACCGGAGCAGUUCGCCGAGGUCCUGUGCGACGACCUGGACCUGAACCCGCUGUCGUUCGUGCCGGCUGUGGCGCAGAGCAUCCGCCAGCAGCUGGACACGUGCCCGGCCGACGUCGGCUACCACGACACCACCGACCAGCGGGUCAUCAUCAAGCUCAACAUCCACGUGGGCAACAUCUCGCUGGUGGACCGGUUCGAGUGGGAUGUGUCUGACCCGAGCAACAGUCCCGAGGCGUUCGCGCAGAAGCUGUGCGCCGAGCUCGGCCUGGGCGGCGAGUUCGUCACGGCCAUCGCGUACAGCAUCCGCGGCCAGAUCAGCUGGCACCAGAAGUUCGCCUUUAGCGAGCACAGUCUGACGACGAUCGAGCGGCCGUUCCGGCAACAGCCGGAGGCCGACAACUGGGGGCCGUUCCUCGAGUCGCUCACCGACGCCGAGAUGGAGAAGAAGAUCCGCGACCAGGACAGGAACACCAGGCGGAUGCGGCGACUGGCGAACACGGCUCCUGGCUGGUAGGCGGCCCGGUCCCCGCCUCUCCCCGCCGCCGCCGCACUCUCUCCCGCUCCCGGCUGCGGCGCCGUGCUGCGACAUGGCCCGACGCCGACGCCUGCGAGCCGGACCUGGACUCACCCGAGGCGUCCGAGGCGGAGUCCGCAAUCCAGGGGAGGCCGGAGUCGUGGGUGUUCAGUCUGGAGCCGCAGGCUGGCGCGGGGAGGCCAGAGCGCUAUGGGACCAGGAGGGCUGUUGACGUGGCCUUGCGUGCGGCGGUCUCCUGCCAAACUUGAUGCACGCCUUUUCUAUUCAUCCCGCCGCUGAAGCUGCCUUAUGUGCGUGUGAGUGCGUGAAUGCGACCAGGUCGUGUUAGGGCGUCAAGACACCAGUUCAAAGUACCAUUGCUGUUAGAGAAGAACGGCUUAAUUUCCAUCCUUCCCACGAGUGGAACUGGGUGAGCCGGAUCACAAUACUUACAAGGUGACACAUGUGCUUGUGACACAAGGUCACGUUGAGUGGCACUGUUUUACUGAGUGAAACCUUUUCCGUCGUGCGGAGUUGGCUUCGGCUGGCGUUGCUAAUUGAAAACAUUCAACGCGCAACAGUUUUGAGAACAGUUUCAGCACAUAACUGAAAACUACCAUAUUCAUAGCGCACCUGUCAUUGGAAAUGAUUAUUGAGAAAUAUAUUGAUUGG